GUAUGGCGGGCUACCUCGCGGGGGUUUGACUCGGCGUGGAUACACCUGUGUGUGAGACUAGUGUCUGCCACCGCGGAUGGCGAGGGAUCUUAUCGGGCCGGCACUGCCGCCCGGCUUCAAGGCCAGCGGGUCAGCGGAGGACGAGGAGCGGGACCCCAGCCCCGUUGCAGGACCAGCUCUGCCCCCUAAUUAUAAAAGCAGUAGUUCAAAGUCAUCAGACAGCGACGAGGACAGUAGUUCUUUGUCUGAAGAAGGAAAUCAGGAAUCUGAAGAAGAUGACACUGGUCCAACUGCAAGAAAACAGAGGAGAAAUCAGGAUGACGAUGAUGAUGAUGAUGAAGGGUUUUUUGGACCAGCCCUUCCUCCUGGAUUUAAAAAGCAGGAUGAUUCUCCUCCAAGGCCUAUAAUAGGUCCUGCAUUACCACCUGGUUUUCUUAAAUCUGCACAGAAAAGUGACAAAGGCAGAGAUGAUCCAAGACAAGUAUCAUCGUAUUUCAACUCUGAGAAGGAAACAGGUAGCAGUGAAGAGGAGGACAUUAUUGGGCCGAUGCCUGCCAAAGGACCAGUUAACUCUAGUGUUACGACAGAGUUUGAAAAAAGGGCCCAGAGAAUGAAAGAAAAACUGACUAAAGGAGACGAUGAUUCAUCUAAAACAAUUACAAGAGACUCUUGGAUGACUGAGCUUCCUCCGGAGCUGAAAAACUUUGGUCUUGGGCCUAGAACUUUCAAGAGAAGAGCUGAUGACAAAUCUGGAGAUCGAUCAGUCUGGACAGAUAUGCCAGCUGACAGGGAAAGGAAAGCUAAGGAGACACCAGAAGCAAGAAAGUCAUUCAAUAAGAAGGAUGAAGAACAUAUAUUGACAGGAAUGGAAAAGAGAUUGGCCGAGCAGGUAUCCGCAUACAAUGAAUCAAAAAGACCAGAAUCUCUUAUGGACAUUCAUCAGAAAAAACUAAAGAAUAAGGCUGCUGAAGAUAAAAAUAAGCCCCAAGAAAGAAUACCAUUUAACCGUGAUAUGGAUCUCAAAGUUCAUCGGUUUGAUGAAGCUCAGAAAAAAGCCCUGAUAAAGAAAUCUAGGGAACUAAACACCAGGUUUUCACAUGGCAAAGGCAAUAUGUUUUUAUAAGUGCUAAGAACACAGUGGUGAACCAGACAUUCGUAGCCCUCAUCCAUGAGAGGAGGUUCUGUGCUAGUCACUACAGAGUGUUCACAGGUAAGUAACGCAGAUUCCCUGCCUCGUGAGACGUGGGAGAGCAGAAGAUCUCAGUUAAAAAGACCAAGUAAGUGUAUAUCAUGAUGACUAUAGCUAAUACUGCUGUAUGGUGUAUAGGGAAGUUAAGAGAGUAAAUCCUAAGAAUGCGCGUCACAAGGAGAAAUUUUUUUUUCUUUUUAUUGUGUCUAUAUGAGAAGAUGGAUGUUAGCGCAACCUGUUGUAUCAUUUAACAAUAUGUAAAUCAAACCGUUGUGCUGUCCACCGUAAACUCAUGAGUGAUGUAUGUCAAUUCUCCGUAAAACUGGGGGGGGCGCCACAAGCUGUGGUUAGUGUUAUAAAGAAAACAGGGUAAUGGGACAAUCCAACAGGUGAUUGAGGAUGGAAAUCCUACCUGAGUAAGGUGAUAAGGAAAAUCUAUCUGAAGAGAUGUUAUUUAAGCUGAAACCUAAAAAAAUGACAAACUAGCAGUUUGAAAAAUGACUUGUUACCAAAUCAGGUCUGGCUGCUCGCUGCUCAGUCAAUAACUCAAGAGAGAGGCAAAUGUCGCGAGAAAGGAAAGCUGCUUUUUUAAUCAGAACGCUGGCGAUCUGGGGAGAUUGUGGACUCAGUGUCCCCCUAAAACCACCUCCAAAGAUUCUGCUCAGUCAGGAAAGUUUUUAAACGGAAAAAGGGAAGUAACCUCAAUCAUUGAGAUGGGGGGAUCAGAGUCAUCCCCAUCCCGCUCUGUGCAGGCUCGUCGUGCAGGCUUAUAGAUGCUGUCUUGUUCACACAGUUGGCUUCACACGGUUUGUUCGUGAGAUUACUGAAGGGGAAGCUAGGGAAGAGAUCUGAUCAUCUGUUAUAUAUGUUUUCUUCAUUUCUACUUUGAUCCAUGGAAAGAACAGGUUAGGCAAGGUAUUGUGUGAUCAAAAAAUUGAAAGGUGUGCUGGGACCCGAGUUGAGUAGAGCAUGGGGCUGCCAGGUUUAAGGUAAGUGAUAAGACAAAAGGGGCCUCCUGCAGAGCCCCCUUUCCUGCAACCAGCCCUUUCCUGCCAAAAGGUGCUUACAGACCACGUAUGCAAAAACCCUGAAGCAUUCAUUCUUUGGUGUUUGAAGAAUCGCACCAGUGUGGGCGGUGGACAGUGAGAAAUACGCGUAGGGUUGGUCCCUGUGCCAGCAGAUACUAGGAAGCCCAUGUAACUGCAAUUAACCCGAUUUUAGAAGGUAAAAGGAGCCUCCCAGAGGAGAGUGGCUCUUGGUCAAGUCAUAAACGUCGCACAGGAGUUGGCCUGAUGUAUCCUAACAUCAAAGAUCUACCUUACUGGCCUUCCAGAAUUUCCUAAACAUAUCUGAAUUCAUACCUUAGGCCCUUGCUCUAAAAACCUGUGUGAAUCCUCACUAAUAACGGUCAUCAGUUAUCAGAAUAUUAGUACAUUGAACUCCUGCCUAUACUUUAUCACCAAACCUGCAAUUAUUUAAGUAGAGCUGUUUGCGUUUUUUUUUUUUUCAGAAUUUGUUAUAAAUGAUUGUUCAUUUCCUCCUCUUAGGCCUAAUUAUUGAGGAUUAUAUACAGCCUUUUUAAGAGCUAAAUAACACCAGAUGAAUUCAAUAGAUAUCGAUUGAUAUCAAUCAAUUAAUUAAUUGAUAGCAAUUAAUCUUUAGAAUUCCAGGACAUGGCAGAACCUUUUCAUUUGGGGACUGGAGAAU